AUGCCCUCACUGAAGGACCUCAACUGCGCGAUCGAGCUAUCGGAAAGUCAACAGGCAUUGCAGGAGUUCGGUACUACGUACGGCGAUAGUUUCGUCGAAACCUUCAUUCCCGUACCCAGCAAGCCACAGACCUUCUCGAUUCACCUUACAUCCAACAAGUUCAUCGCUCCUGGCGUUGCAAUCUUUGUCUACGUCGACGGAGUUUACCAGUGCAACCGCAACAGGCAAGACUUGAAGCUUCGGAAGCCUUUAGAUAGCCGCUCUCUUGUCGAUUUUCGCGUACGUCAGAAGGAAGAGAGGCAGGAUGAUGGCUCGAUGGUUGCACGCGAGUGGGCCUUUGACAAGCUCAACAUCGCGUCAGCAGAUGAUGCGCCAGAUCUGUGUUCACCAGACGUCCUCCAAAACAUAGGAUGUAUCGAAGUCGUCGUCCUACGGUGCGCUGGAACACGAAGUGCCAAGUCUGCCUCGACGAUGAACUUUGACGGAGCAGGAGAUUACCCUAAACAUCUCUAUGACUUGGAUGACACCUCUUCUCCAUCCAAUGAAAGGUCCAUGUACGAUGAUCGGGGCUCCUUCUUCGCUCCCUUUGACAAUGGCCGCGGCCCACCACCUCCAACUUCGUCUUACCACCCACCUUACGUGGAAACCGCCCGCAGCCAGGAAGGCUCAACAUCGAGAAGCCGUCGCACCGCGCAUAGCCCUCAUGAAAUCUUCCCUCCAGCACCUAUCACUCGUCGUUCUGGACCACGCUCUAUAUAUUCUGAGGCUGUUAGUCCCCGGGCAAGGACCACGAACGAUCUUUCCUUGUCUGGUGUUCAAUAUGGCAGCGGUCCCAUCCCGCGCGACGGAGAGAUAUACAACAAUCAAUCUUCAGGUGUCAGGGCUACACAGCCCCCGCCUAUGGAUCCAAUGUGGCUGAACAAUCUUCUCGCUGCAGCAGUAAAGCAGGGGGUGGAAGAAUCGCGACAGAUGGAUAUACAGUCAGAACAUCAGACCAGAUACAAGAUACAAAAUGUUGAUGCAGAGACUACAAGUCAACCACCUGGCGGAUGGCCUGAAUCUCCUUUGGAUAUCGGUCCGUCAUCACGUCGCCCAUCUGAGCCUGCAGCUUCGUCCUCGCGCAACCACGAAAGCGCCCACGGGUCGCAGUGGGAUCAGUCUCAGGCUGAUUGGAGCGAGCGAAAAGCACGGAGUAGAGCAGGCACUCGCGUGACCUGGUUCGCGACGCCGGUAGACGAGACUACGUCUUCCAAUGCCGACAGGUGGACCUUGCGCGACAAAGCCGCGUCCGAUUCCUGGGACACUGGAGAUGCUUGGCCGGCUGACAGAGUAGCUGAGUGUGAAACUUCCAGCGAAAAGUGUAAAGCUUGGGCACCAAGCCAGCCCGGUCAACAUAGCUCAGUACGCCACUCUUCUACUUCUCCCCACUCACAAGAGCUGCGAAGCUCGGAGCACGAUUCGCAGCGGAGAGCACGUUCCAAAUCGCGGACGAGUCAUCGGCGGCGAAAGUACGAGACUGCUACAGAAGAUGAAGAACAGAUUGGAGGUUGGGAUCAUAUCAAAAGGCCUUCAGACUCCGUGGUCUCGUUGAGUAGCUCAGAUGCCACUAUCCAGCCGUCGCUUUCUCGAAGCCGGAUACACACGCCACGGCGGAGAUCCAAGAGCUUCUCUCGACGUUCCAAGUCAACACAGCGCGAAAAGCAACGGAAAUCAUCACGACGUUCCCAUCGUACACCGACUGAGGAAACAGUACAUGUGAGGCCAGCGCCUGUGCCUUCAGUGGAUGCAAGGUUGGCGCCGGUGGUCAUGAAUGCACCCAUUCCUGCUACUUCGCAUCAUGCACAAUCAAAGCCGCCUAGCACAUAUGCAGAUCCGCCAGUCCCGGUCAUGCAGCUACCAGAAUGGGCUUCUCAGGUACAUGAUGCAACGCGCAAGCCUAGUAUUGCCGCCAGUACUUUAGCACCUGCACCAUACGCAUCUUCGCUGAAGGAUUUCGUGCAGAGCACGAAGGGCAAGAUACGAGGAGGAUAUCGGUCGUCUUCUCCAUCUUCCUGGAGUAACGAUAAGAACGAUGGCGCCGUAAAUAUGUUGUGGGGUAAGGCAACCAAGAAGGAUGCUGGUUGGAGCAAGAAGAGUGAUACAGGUUGGCAUGGCAAGGGUUCUAGGGACAAUGAUAAGAAAGGCUGGUUGUCAACCGAUGAUGACACUUCCAAUGGUUGGGCGAAGGAUGAUGAUGACGAGACUAUCAAAGUUGCUGAUGGCUGGAACACGAAAGAGACCGGUUGGGGUACAACAGCAAUUCCUCCAAUCGAGAAGAAACACGGCAAGAACGACCUAGCCGAUCUGAAAUCCGCUCUAAAAUCCACCUUUGAGAAUCCAUCAGCUCCAGAAGCAGCUUGGAAGAAUCAGUCACGGGGCAUUCCGCGCAACACUGCAAAGCCUGCUACACAACAGGCCACGCCUGCGCCCUUUACCACCGUCGCAGCACAGGCACCGCCACCAUCAAAUCAGCCCCAGCGUAUGAGUAAUAAAACUCUAGCCCAAUACCGGCCAAACCACCCGUCCCUUUUCUCACCAAUUCCAAUCUCAGCUCCACAACCACAUUGGCAGUUCCCACCUCCCCCAUCGACUUCCAUCCCUGCCAACCCAGUCUCCUCAGGCAGCACUUACAUCGCCCCUGAACUCGCCCGCCUGACAAUCUCUCAACGCACCUCUAUAGCAAAGGGUAUCGAACAUGCCGUCCGACCAGGUAGAGCAACGCACUAUGGUCAUGCUGUGGGCAGACCGCAGUAUCUAGAUGGACUGGACAAACCGUAUGCGGUGUUUAGGUUCAAGUAUCGUAGCGUGAGUGUACUGAGAGGAAUGUUCGGGCGGGCGGUGGACGAUGAGAGGAUUUCCUCGUCAAAUCGGAUGGACACGAAAGACAAAGAAGAAAAAGAAGACGGAGAUAAGGAAAAGAUCAAAGCUGGGUACUCACAGGACGAAUUGAUUACCAGGAUGAUGGAGUUGGAACGGAAACUCAAGAAUGUUGGUGUUGGCGCUGUUCAGAAUAGUAGGGAACCAAGGCGUGGUGAGGUGGAGAAGAAAAAGGAACAGCGCAGAGUUAGUGCUGCGACAGAGGGGGUAGCGAAGAACUUUACGGAACAGUGGGUUGAGCGGCACUCGAAGGAUCCAACUGUAACAUCCGUCCUAUGA